AACAAAGAAUUUUUGGGCGCAACCAACUUCCCAGACUUUCCGAGCCCCCUCUAAAACCCUACUCAUCGAGCGCUAAUGGCUGGUGUCGAAACUCUAGAAGGUUGUAACUUCUUACUGCAAAAGCUACUCAGAGAGGGAGAGAGAGCAUCUGGAUGACGAGGAGUUUACGUGCAUUGAAACGAUGGAUGAGGUCUCAAGGUAUCGAGUACAGCGACGCUCUCGUGUUCACCGAUGGAGAACGAGGUUUUGGGGUGAAGACCCUUUUCGACUUGGAGGAGGGCGAAUUGAUCGCCUGCAUCCCCAAGACUGCUUGUCUUACGAUCAAGACGUCCGCGGCGCGUAAACUGAUCGAAGAAAUGGAGUUGGAUGGUGCGCUUGGCCUCGCUGUGGCUAUAAUGUACGAGAGAAGCAUAGGGGAGAAGUCCACGUGGUAUGGCUAUCUUCAGUUUCUGCCCGAGAAGGAAUGCGUGCCUCUGCUUUGGAGUUCAGAGGAAAUUGAUACUUGUCUUGUUGGAACUGAGCUCCACAAGAUAGUAAAAGAGGACAAGAAACUUGUUUGUCAGGACUGGAAGGAGUGCAUCCGGCCGCUUCUGGAUGAUGAAGAUUUGAAGCUUGAUCCUUGCCAUUUUGGCGUUGAGCAGUAUUUCUUUGCCAAAAGUCUCAUUGCAUCUCGGUCGUUCGAAGUAGAUGAUUAUCAUGGUUUCGGAAUGGUUCCUUUGGCGGAUAUCUUUAAUCACAAGACUGGAGCGGAAGAUGUUCACUUCACGCUCACUUCUUAUAGUUCUGAUGCUGAGGAGGAAGAAUCAGCUAUGGAUCUUGACCAGAAAUCAACUGCUUCUCAUUAUGAUGGUCCUUCUAGAAAUUCAUAUUUAAAUGCAAAUGAUGGAGAUAUCAUCAAUCAUAUGAAGGAUUCUACAUCUUCAAGUCCAGAAGAAUUUCCAGAAGUUCUUGAAAUGAUCAUGGUGCGAGAUGUUAAGGCUGGAUGUGAGGUGUUCAAUACAUAUGGUAAUUUGGGCAAUGCUGCCUUGCUGCACAGAUAUGGCUUUACUGAGCCUGAUAAUCCAUUUGACAUUGUGAAUAUGGACCUUGGUCUUGUAUGCGAAUGGAGCUCAUCAUCCUUCUCUAGUCGUUACAGUCGAUCCCGGUUGUCAACAUGGAGGAAGAUGGGAUUCUCUGGGUGUAUUAGCGAGAAGUCAGAAUAUUUCGAAAUUUCUUCAUGCGGGCAGCCUCAGCCAGAGCUUGUGGUUCUAUUGUACGUCAUGUGCUUGCCGGAGAAUGCGUAUACAAAGCUCUGCUACCAUGUACCUCCCUUUGAAGACAGGGAUGAUGCCUUGAAGUUCCAGUUGUUUGGUGAGAUCAUAGACACAGUAUUUGGCAGAAAAAUUACAGAAAAGGGGGAUUGGAUGCUAACUGGUCGUGUAUGUGAUGCACUUAUUUCUCUUGCUCAUAUGCGAGAAAGGCUAUAUGGUUCCACUUCGUUGGUAGAAGACAUGGAGUCACUGAGCAAAUGCUUGAGUUUGGAACAGCCAAAGUUGCAUGGUUCGUUGUCCCUACGAAUAAGCGAGCGGACUAUUCUUGGUAAGCUGAGAACGUACGCUAAUCAUGCGCGCAGAAAGAAGAAACAUGUUUCUUCUUCAUGAGCAGUUGGUGAAUUGGAGUUACAUGCCUGCUGCCAUGCCUAUUCUUCCAUUGGGAUAUUUACCGCUAAUUUAAUCGCUUCAUGGGGAAAUUUUUGUCAUUGUUUCUAUUGUUUGCGGGAAAAACAUUUCUUGGUUGAUUGAGAAAAAAAACCAUGUUUCUCUCUCUA